GGUGCGCGGGAACACGCUUUCCGUCUUGUUACGUUUCGUUUUACGUCAAUUGUUACGUUUGAACGUGGUUUGUGUUACGUGUGUCUGUGACAAGAUUUUUGUGUUUGAGUUAAGAGUCUUUUAUAUGGUGAUCUUGUGACAAGAUUUUUUGUCUGGUUGAAGUUAGAUUAAUACAUUUUGAGAAUAGUGUGUGUCAAAGUUCUUGUGUUGUUUCUUGUUGGAUUUAAGUGACAUGGGAAUUUGAUUGGAUUUCUUAAUUAAAGCCCGAAGAUGUCGGCCGCGGGUGUGGUAAACAAGGCCUUUGACGCCGGCGACGAUGGUUUCCAAACCAUCGACCUGCGCCCGCGGCGGGGAGAUGCACAGGCUACAACGCGUGAAUCAGAGCCUGAACCCGAACGGCAGACAGACUCUGGUCCAGAACUGCGAUGCGGCUGGGGCGCGCUGCGACCAUGCUGGCUACAACGCUUCAGAACGGCCAAAUGGGCACUUUUCUGGCUCUGCUGGGCUGGCGCUGUCCAGGGUAUGGUCGUGAAUGGGUUCGUGAACGUGGUGAUUACGACUAUUGAGAAGAGGUUCGGACUCAGGUCUAUGCAGACGGGAGUUAUUGCUGGGGGGUACGACAUGGCAUCCUUCAUCUGCCUAGCACCCGUAACUUACCUGGGGGGGCGGCAGGGGGCCUCCAAGCCCCGCUGGCUGGGCUGGGGAGCCCUCGUCAUGGGCGCGGGUUCGCUCAUGUUCGCGCUGCCGCACUUCCUGGUCCCACCCUACAGGGCAGCCCAUAAGGAGCAGUUGGAUGUGUGCCAUGGGAACAGUACUGUGUCAUCGUACCUCUGCGAGGAUUCCGGACCAGCCGAAGGUGGAUCCUGGGCGGUGGCUAUCUUCGUACUAGCUCAACUGUUACACGGCGCUGGGGCCACACCACUCUUCACACUAGGAGUCACCUAUAUCGAUGAGAAUGUUUCAAAGAAGAUGUCAUCGGUGUAUCUUGGUGUAUACUACACAAUGGCGGUGGUGGGCCCAGCGUUGGGCUAUGUUGUGGGGGGACAGAUGCUCAAGAUCUAUACGGAUUUCGUUACUGUGGACUCCGAAGCUCUCGGUAUAACUCCAGUGAGCUCCGUGUGGAUUGGCGCGUGGUGGAUCGGAUUUCUGCUGUCAGCUCUCCUCUGCCUUAUAGUUGCAGUGCCACUGCUGGCCUUCCCUUACGAGCUACCAGGUGCCGAAGAGAUCCGUAACUCCAAAGUCUCCGAAGCCCACGACUCAGCCUCCAAAUCCGCGGCUUUCAGCUCACUUCGUGAACUGCCUCGAGCGGCAACAGCACUCCUUCGGAACCCUACGUUCCUGUUCCUUAAUCUGGCUGGCGCUAGUGAGGGAAUGCUGAUUUCUGGCUUCGCUGCGUUCCUGCCUAAGCUGAUUGAGAACCAGUUUGCUGUCAGCGCGUCCGAAGCUGCUUUGCUGCUAGGAGUCAUCACAGUCCCCGCCGGCGGAGGCGGUACCUUCCUCGGCGGCUGGCUCGUCAAACGCUGGAACCUGGCCUGUGCUGGCAUCAUCAAGCUUUGCGUGGCUGCUACGCUGGUCGCAGCUGCGUUUACCUUCAGCUUCGUGCUGACGUGUGAUGAUUAUCCGUUUGCUGGAGUCACUGUGGGAUAUAACUCACCUAGUGUGGCUGGCUCUGACCGAUUGGCGGCGGCCUGCAACACAAACUGCAGGUGCUCCGGGUCUACCUUCGCGCCCGUCUGCGGGGCCGACGGCAUAGUUUACUACUCCCCCUGCCACGCCGGCUGCAGCACGGGAGUGUUGGCUGGAGCAGCUCAGUUGUACAGCGACUGUGCUUGCAUCGGGAAUGGGACCUCACUGUAUAGUGUUCCAGAUUCGAACGUGUCAGUCCCGUACGAAGCUAUCAACAGCAUCUGCAGCUCAUCCUGCCCGUAUCUGUGGCUGUUUGUGUUCCUCUCCUUCUGUGUUAUGCUGUUCACAUUCAUAGCGACCAUGCCUGCCCUUUCUGCCACACUCAGAUGCGUACGCGAAGACCAGCGUUCCUUCGCCCUCGGUAUCCAGUGGAUCAAGGUUCGACUCCUCGGCACUAUUCCAGCUCCACUGCUCUUCGGAUUCCUGAUCGACUUAUCAUGUUCGUUGUGGGCGCGAACUUGUGACCGUUCUGGGGCUUGCUUGCUGUAUGACAACUAUAAUAUGAGCAGGUACAUGCUAGCCCUAGCCCUCCUAGGCAAGCUCUGUUCUCUUCUCUUCUUCUUCCUCGCCUGGUGGUUCUACAGACCGCCGGGCGGCAAGACGGGCAACGCCGUCGUACCGUCCGUAGACCUCGUCGUCUGCGCAGAGAAGGCCAACGGGGUUGCUAACGGGAAUGUUCCCAAUGUUGCCAAUGGGGAAAAAGUGGGGAACGGAUAUUGUAACGCGGCGUUGGAGUGUAGUGAGCAUUUGUAAGAUUUUUGGUAAAGGACUUUCGGUAAUAGUGCUAAUACAUGAGCGUACGACGACCGUACCGCACCCAGCACGGGAAGCAUGGUCGCGCGAUAGACGAUAAAAUAUCAGGCCGUCCCUAUCGCACUUACAA